UUGGUUUUGAAUCUUGAAUUAAAAUUUCAGGCAGCGGCAAUUCUGAGAGAGAAAAUAAAAACGAACAAGAAAAUACAUUUUAACUCUCUUCUUCCAUAAGACACCUGAUAAAAACCAUACCCAUUUAUCCAAACCUUAAUUUCCCUCUUCAUUCUUCUUCUGGGUCUUCCUAUUCAAUCGAAAGUUUGAUUCUUGAGUCUCUCUGGUGCAUUAAUUUUUUAGGGUUCCCUUUGAAAACAGAGCAUUCGUGAUUGCUGAUGAUGAUGUCCAAAAUUGAAGUCAAGAAAAGAGUUGGAGAAGAUUCAGGGAAUGCUAAGUUGUUACGAGAAAUAGAAACCAUAAGCAAAGCUUUAUACCUGGAUAAAAGCUCGACUAGGCCUUCGAUUUCUGCACCCAGUAAUCGAUCAAAACCUGCUGGGAAUGGGAAAUCCCAAUUGCUUGAUGCUAAGUCUAAGAUAAAGCAUAGUAGCGAAGAGUCAUCGAAUAAGGAUAAAAAGUCUAUUUGGAAUUGGAAGCCGUUAAAAGCCCUUUCGAACGUUAGGAGCCGGAAAUUUAAUUGUUGUUUCUCUCUUCAAGUCCACACCAUUGAAGAGUUGCCGGUGAGUUUUGAAAAUCUCAGUGUCCGUGUGCACUGGAAAAGGCGUGAUGGGGAGCUUGUUACGCAUCCUAUGAAGGUUCUUGAUGGUAAUGCUGAGUUUGAGGAGAAGCUAACGCAUACGUGUAUGGUCUACGGGAGUAGGAGUGGACCUCACCAUUCAGCUAAGUAUGAAGCUAAACAUUUCUUGCUUUUUGUAUCUGUAAUUGGUGUUCAAGAGCUUGAUUUGGGAAAACAUAGAGUUGAUCUCACAAAAUUUCUUCCUCUCACAUUGGAGGAAUUGGAGGAGGAGAAAAGCUCAGGAAAGUGGACCACAAGUUUUAAGUUGUCAGGGGAAGCGAAAGGUGCUGUCUUGAAUGUUAGCUUUGGCUAUGUUGUGGUUGGGGAUAGUCCCAUUCCACUUGGAAAUUACCAGAAUGUCCCGGAUUUGAAGAGGACUAAUUCUAGGACGGCAAAACCAAUUCCGAGAUUUGAUCAAGGAGAGGGAAAGAGUACAAUUCGCCGUACUGGAAGUCUUCCUAAUUCUUUGAACCAACAGCGUCGAGCCUCAUCAAGAUCUGUAGAAGAUGUGAAAGAUCUUCAUGAGGUGUUGCCAACAUCAAAGUCAGAAGUUGCGAGUCAAGCAGUUGUACUGUAUCAGAAAUUUGAUGAAGAUAAGUUGAAUUUUUCACUGGAUUAUAAGCCUGAACUGGAUGUAUUCACCGAUCAUUUUGAUUCCGUCAAAUCAAAUAUCUGCCCUGUUUCUAAAUCCAGUCAUGUGUCUCAUGACAAUGUUGAAAAUGAGUGUGAACGUGGUGAAUUUGACGUGAAGGAAUCAGCGACGGACUUUACUCAGGAGAAACUGGCGGAAGUUGCUCUAGAGACUAAUGCAGUUCUCUUAGUAGAAGAUAAAGUUGGUGGUCAUGAAGGUUCUGAAGGGUAUGGUAAACUUCACCAGCAGGAUGUCGGAGAUGAUAGUCAUAAGAUGGAGCCUGUGGUGCAAGACUAUAUAUUUAAGGAUGAUGAGAUAUGCUCAAAGGAGUCUGUCAUGAAAGAACUGGAUGUCGCAUUGAGUAAUGUGACAAAUUUGGAAACUGAAGCACUUGAUUCUCCAACGGAGAAAGAAACUGACGCAACGGUCAGAGCUGAUUAUGACAUAAAUAGUAAUGAAACAUCACUCAGUUUGGAUGAUGUUACUGAAUCCUUGGAAAAUGAUUUUCUGGAUAUGCUAGGGAUUGAUGAUAGUUCACUUGGCUUGAGUUCGGGGAGCGAACCUGAGUCCCCUCGGGAGCGGUUACUAAGAGAGUUUGAGAGAGACGCAUUAGCUGAGGGUUUUUCUCUGUUUGAUAUUGGUUUUGGCAGUGAGGACCAAAUAGAAUGCGACUACAACAGAUCCACUGUGUCUGAGUGGGGAAAUUUCUCUGACGACUUCGAAUUAGCUUCAGCAAUCCAAACUGCUGAGGAGGAACAUCAGUUGGAAACUCAUGCAGAGACUGGCACGACAAGGGCCAAAAUGCUGGAAGACUUGGAGACGGAAGCUUUAAUGCGUCAUUGGGGCUUGAAUGACGAGGCUUUUCAAUGUUCUCCACCUAAGAGCUCAACUUGCUUCGGUUUCGGUAGUCCGAUUGAUUUACCUCCUGAAGAGCCACUUGAAUUGCCUGCUCUUGGAGAAGGAUUAGGUCCAUGUCUGCAGACAACAAAUGGUGGAUUUGUGCGAUCUAUGAAUCCUUCACUGUUCCAGAACGCCAAAAAUGGUGGGAACCUGAUCAUGCAAGUUUCUAAUCCUGUUGUAGUACCUGCAGAAAUGGGUUCUGGUGUAACAGACAUACUGCAACAUUUGGCUUCAGUUGGGAUUCAAAAGUUGUCUAUGCAGGCGAAUAAGCUAAUGCCUUUGGAUGAUAUAACUGGGAAAACAAUGCAUCAAGUGGCAUGGGAGGCUGCAGAUACGCUGACGGGAUCUGAGAGGCAAAGCAUUUUGCAGAAUGAAGUUGAGAUUGGGCAACGUGUAUCCGGUGGUCAAAAAAAGCAGGAGAGAUCAUCCAUAUCUAAAUCUCAUAAGUUCAAAUCAAAGAUGGUAAAGAAUGAGAUGGGCUCAGAAUAUGUUUCUGUAGAAGAUCUUGCUCCUUUGGCUAUGGAUAAGAUUGAAGCACUCUCGAUUGAGGGAUUGAGAAUACAAUCUGGCAUGUCAGACGAUGCACCCUCAAACAUCAGCUCACAGUCCAUCGGGGAAGUUUCAACCUUCCAGGGAAAGGGUAUGAAUGUCAACGGGUCCCUUGAAUUGGAGGGAGCUGCUGGAUUGCAACUGCUGGAUAUAAAAGACAACGGCGAUGAUAUUGAUGGAUUAAUGGGGUUAUCUUUGACUCUUGAUGAAUGGAUGAGACUGGAUUCUGGCGAUAUCGGUGAUGAAGAUCAAAUCAGUGAGCAUACUUCUAAAAUACUCGCAGCCCAUCAUGCUAGUUCCUUGGACGUGAUUCGUGGGGGAUCAAAAGGAGAGAGAAGGCGCGGAAAAGGAUCUGGUAGAAAAGGCGGUUUACUUGGUAAUAACUUCACUGUUGCAUUAAUGGUGCAACUUCACGAUCCUCUUAGAAAUUAUGAACCAGUCGGCACGCCAAUGCUUGCACUCAUUCAGGUGGAGCGGGUGUUUGUCCCACCAAAGCCUAAGAUUUACUGUAAGGUUUCUGAGGUAAGAUUUGAAAAUGAUAGCCAUGAUGAGUCUGAGUCAGUGAUGGAUAAGUCGGAGGAGAAUACCAAAGAAAAAGCAUCGGAAGAGGAAGGAAUUCCUCAAUUCUGCAUAACUGAUGUACAAGUUGCCGGUCUCAAGACAGAGUCUGGGUCCUCUGGGAAGAAACUUUGGGGAACCUCAACUCAGCAACAAUCUGGUUCUCGAUGGCUGCUUGCAAAUGGAAUGGGGAAGAAUAAUAAACAAUCCUUGAUGAAGUCAAAAACUUCUGAUAAGACUUUAACAACCAAACAACGUGGUGAUAAAUUAUGGAGCAUUUCAUCUCGUGGUCGUGCCAAAUAACACUAGUUAUGUUACAUAAAUUCCAGAAUCUAGAUUAAACGAGUUUCUUCAUCAUGUUUUAUGGAAAGAGUGGAACUCUCGUUGUGAUUCUUUGCAGGAACUUGUUUGGAGAUGAGUUUUGAGGUCCCGCUUGGUACGGUAUUGAUGAUCAGGGACACAGCAGGUGGUGAGGUCUUCUUCCAUCCCGGUGAGGUUUAUGAAUUCUAGUCGAGCUCUUGUAUUCUUUUCUAGUAUAGUGCCCGUUUAUUCGCUAAGUUGAUGCAAUUGUUGUAUCAGUUCCUUCGCUUGUAUAAAAUUUUAAGUUUGUAAUCAUUUUUGUGCAUUAUAAUUUAUGACCUGUUAGAUAUAAUAAAAUUAGUGUUCAAGCCUUACCAGCUUGAGUUUUUAGA